AUGGCGCUCUCCGUCUCCUCCCUCGCCGCCGCCCUCUCCCACCUCUCCCUCCCAUCGACCUCCACCACCAAGCCCCACCCGGCCCCGCUCCUGCGACUGCGCUCCACCUCCCGCCGCGCCGCCAGCCUCGCGCUCCGCGCCUCCGCGGCCGAGGCCGCGGAGCCGUCCGAGGCGGACCUGCCCGCGGAGGAGGUGGUGGCCGUCGAGGAGGAGGCGGAGGAGGAUGCGCUGUCGGGAAUCGCGCUGCGGAAGUAUGUGAAGCAGCGGCUGCCGGGCGGGUUCGCGGCGCAGCGGAUCACCGCCACGGGCCGCCGCAAGACGGCCAUCGCCCGCGUCGUGCUCCAGGAGGGCACCGGCAAGGUCUUCAUCAACUUCCGCGACGCUAAGGAGUAUCUGCAGGGAAAUCCAAUGUGGAUGGAGUACUGCAAGGUACCCUUGAUGACUCUAGGGUUUGAGAACAACUAUGAUGUCUUUGUGAAAGUACAUGGGGGUGGUCUCUCAGGCCAGGCCCAGGCAAUUUGCCUUGGCGUUGCCCGUGCGUUGGUGAAGAUCAGCAAUGCUAACAGAGUUCCUCUGAAGUCAGAAGGUUUGCUGACAAGGGACACCCGUAUUGUUGAAAGGAAGAAGGCUGGUCUCAAGAAGGCACGCAAGCGGCCCCAGUUCUCAAAGCGUUGA